UCCUACAGGUUUGGAACAACUUGAGGGUGAGCAAAUGAUGACAUAAUUCAAUUUUUUGGGUAAACUCACUUUAAUUUGGGACAUAUUUUAUGUUGGGAAAUUGAACAAAUGCAAGAAAUGACAGCUAUCACAGUCUUCUGAUGAGAUGCAAAAAUACUGUAGUAGUGUUCAUUGCACAUGCUAUACUUCAAAAGGCACUGCUGUCUGGUAGUACGACUGGUAAUCUUCAAAUGGAGGAAAGUAAUGAAGAAAUAGCUUCAACAUCUGCAUAUUAAUUCAUACAUAUUUUUAUACACUGUCUGGUUUUUAGCUUCCAAUGCAGUUGUGUCUGUUAAACACACUGUUCAUUCAGAUUAUUAAAACUAAAUGACUAACAACUGCACUUUGUUCUGCUUACAAAGCAGAAACCUCAUUAAGGUGUGAAAACUUGGUUAGAGAGUGGAAAAAGUUCUUCCCUUCUCUACAAGUCAUGUAGAGAGAGUGCACUAAAAUAAGCUGUUUGUUAUGACUAAGCAUGUGAAGAAUUAACAAAACAUAUCAUUGGUAAUAUAUUUCACAAACAAUUACAAAGAAAAGGCAAGUAACACAUUGAAUUAAAUGUGAAAUGUUGUAUAUGUGGAACUGUAUGUGUGAAUUCAUAAACCUUAACCCAUUUCCUUUACAGGAAAUUCUUUUUUUUUUUUUUUUUUCACUCUGUGGCCUAGUACAUACAAACAUUCAGAGGCAAUGACAGCCUGAAUAGCCCAACUGAUUGCUACUGUAUACUAUGGUCUGUUAAAAAAAAUAAAAUUAAAAUAAAGACACUGUAGCUUGUGCAAUGGUAAGUUGCCCCAUUAAUUUUUAUUUUUUCACUAAAUGUUUUCUACUUUUUUCAGUAGCUAAAAUGUUUUUAGAAUUACAUGUAGUCUAACGCAGGAAACAUUUUUAUGGACAAAAUAUUAAAUAUCUUCUGAUUUAAUGUGGAGAUAUGCUAAAAUGCAUAUUUCUAACAAGCAGAUGCUUCUCAAGACAUGUGUGGUUGUUAUUUUAUUGUCUGACUUCAGCAUUGCAAAAGAUUGGUGCUAUUUUGGCUGUGAAAACUCGCUCCCACAUUGGGGCAAACACUAUCCCAAAUGUAAUGGGCGUAAACAGUCUCCAAUCAACAUUGACACCCAGAAAGUCGUUAAAAACCAAGAGCUGGGAUCUGUUGACCUGAUUAACUUCAGUCUUCCUCACACCAUGAAGAUGCUGAAGAAUAACGGACACACAGUUGAGUGUGAGUUGAAGGAAGGAGCAGUGGGAGUUAGAGGAGGAGGUCUGAAGCACAAAUACACCGCCCUGCAGUUCCACUUCCACUGGGGUGGAAAGGACCUGGUGAACCAUCCGGGAUCCGAGCACUCUCUGAAUGGACACAGAUCGCCUCUAGAAAUGCACAUUGUCAGCCGGAGAAGUGAUCUUAAUGACAGCACCGCAGCAAAAGUUCAAGAUGGCUUUGCUGUGAUGGGCUUCUUUAUUGAGAGCAACGAAAAGGAAAAGCAAAAGGAGACAUCACAAGUCUGGGAAAGCUUUACCGAUUAUCUCCAAAAAAUACCAAGAAAGGGAGACAAAGUCAGAAUUAUGGAGCCCUUUUCUAUGCAUCAGCUCUUAAAGGGGGUUGAUCUCAGCAAGUACUACCGGUACAAUGGCUCACUGACCACCCCUCCCUGUGAUGAAGCUGUGGUUUGGACCAUCUUUAAGGACCCAAUUAGGAUCAGCAAAGAUCUGCUGCUUAGAUUCCCAACAAAAAUUUCUUUUGGCAACGUGUAUCGGCCACAGCAACCACUGAACAAUCGUGUGGUGUAUGCUUCCACUGCUCUCACCGCAGGUUACACAGGAACAACUGAGCACAUCCUACAUCACCCGACCAAUCAGGGGCCCUAAUCUGAAAAUUAUGCACAUAGUUUAAAUACAAAAGCUUUUAUUUUACUCAUUGUCUGUCAGAAAAAGCAAUGUAAUUUAAAAAACUGAAUACAAAUAUUGGUAGAUUAUUGAUGUUUUUUAUUAUAUUCCAGGACAAAAAAGAUUAAAGAAAAGUAAAGGAAGGACUAUCUGCUGUAGCUGUAUGGAUAUUGGAUAUAAUAUGUUUACCCUUCUUAAAAA